GACGAUGUCACUUUAUUGCCAACAUCGAACGUUGUUUUCAACAAAGACAACACAAUAGUGAACCUUCUCUCUACGAACUUAGAUGAUGAAGGGAAAUACGUUUGCAUUGCAGAAAAUUCCGCGGGAAACACAUCCCGAACUACUCAUCUCCAUGUGGGCGUUCCACCAAGGAUCGUCGAUAAUACCAAAAGGGAGGUGGUGAAGCAUGGCGAAGCAGCUAUACUGCGGUGCGAGGCAAUGGGCGUCCCCAAACCAUCGAUAGCGUGGAUGAAGGAUGAACAAGUAAUAAAGAAAGCCACAGAAGACGCCAGUAAUGCUCAAUGGAACUCGCUCGUAUUUGAAAAUGUUUCUGUGAACGAUGCUGGUGUUUAUACAUGUGAAGCCGAAAACUGGGUUGGUAUUGCUCAUAAAGACUUCGAUCUCGUUGUUAUAAGUGCACCUGCAGUUCAACCGGACAAAAUGGAAUUCACUGUUCAUCCACGUAAAACCGCGAUUCUUGCUUGCAAUGUAACAGGAAUUCCCGAGCCAGUAGUUUCAUGGGUGAAGGCACCGAACAUUGAAAUCGAGGCCAACGAAAGGUAG